CGUCAUUUUUAAAUAGCCCAGCCGAAUGCGUACACGUAUUUGAAUUCUCGAAAGACGUGCUUGACGGUUCAGCGACAUUCCUGUUGCCACGCGUUUCUGCCGUUGUGAUUCUUUCAUCGUCUUGCGGAUACAUGUAACGGAAGCUUCCUCGUGGCACAUAACCUAAGAAUAUGGAGGAAACGUAUUUAGACGACGGGCCUGCCGAAAAUUUCGAAAGAGCCACCCUCGAAAUCGCCAACACUGACAUCAAAUCAACGACGGAGAGCAGCGAUGACACGUCAAAGCGGAAUUCCAGUUCGAAAAACAUGUGUAACGUGCCUUUCCGGCACAUAGACGUUCACACGUUCUUCACCGACAGAAACGAGGUCGUAGAGAGAGCGAUAAACGAUUGCACGGAGAACCUGAUAAAGGAACACAAUGACGAACUUGUUGGAAGUUGGCUGUUGACCGAAAUAAGUUUGUGGGAUACAGAGAAAGAAAGACUCGUCUUGUUGGCAACGAAUGCUCUUUAUUCUGUAAAGUAUGACUUUAUCUCCUUAAAGAUACUUGAUUUUAAUCGAGUGCCCAUAUCACUGCUCGAUACAGUAAUUACAGGUGAUUUGAUUUAUCCAACUGCAUCCCUUGCUCCACGAUUAAGCGGAUUAGCAGAAGGCGUGUCGUCUAUGAUUCAAUGUGCAGUGCGUCAAGAGUGGUCGUCUGUUGCAGGUUGCUCUGGUCUUACUCAAUUCGAGCCUAGGAAGCGACACAUGCCUGGAAUGAGACUCAUGUGGAAUAGAGGACAACCCUUGCCUUUGAUAAAAAAGUGGAAUCCGUUCGCGAAAGACAUACCGUGGCUCACGUACGCUAGUCAUCCUUUGUUUUGGUAUAAAGGAACUGAAGUUGUGAAAACGAGGUUCGACAUAGACGCUUUUCAGACUACGCUCAAAAGUUUACUACCCCGGGGAUGCACCGUCAUCACUAUGCCAAUAAUCGUAGAGAAUUAUUGCGGAGUCGGUGCCUUAGUGCACAACAGGAACGGCUUAGGUUUCUUUAAGAUACGCGGCAAAGUCAGUUUCUAAUCUCGUCGAUCACGUUGUAGGAUCGCGUUGUAGUGUUACGUACAGGUAUUUUCUCUGAGCUUUAUAUUUUUCUCUCGUUUGAGAAUUCUUCUCUUGUAACAUCUAUGUUACAAUGUUUGCGAUCUGACACUUGUAAGAUACUUACUAAGGACUAGCAAUUGAUAUUGCAAUACAAUCACUUCUAUGAUAGACUAUAUUUAGGAUAAGAUACAGGAUUUUAAAAGAUCGUAUGCAGGCAUGUAUACAAAGUUUUCGAAACUACAGUAAAUCUCCGUAUAAACGCGACGGAUAUUCCACGUUAUACGAAUUCGUAUUAUUUAUUAUACGAACUUCAAACGUUCAACAAUUUUACGUUAAGAAUAAGUUUUGCAUUUGAAUUUUGCUAAAAAAAAAUUCACACGACUUUUCGAUCAAUUCAAUGUGUAUAGAAGCCUGCAAAUCAUUUAUCUUAACUAUAUAUCAUGCGAAUUAGUUGUAUUUAGUUAUUUAACGCGUUACACGGGGCCGAUUUACUGCAUUAUUAGGCAUUGGCGCAAUUUUUCAUGUUAUACAAAUCUGUGUUAUACGAGAUCGCGUUAUACAGAGGUCUACUGUAUUUUAACUUAAUUUCGUAAGAAACAGUAAAGCCUAUUAGUGAUAAUUUUCAUUAACUAAUCAUAUUUUCUGCAAUUUUUAAACAUAAGAAUUACAUAUUUAUCUAUAAUUGUCAAUUAUUUUGUUUAUAAAUAUGUUUGACACAACACUUGCAUUAUAUGGAAGUUUGUACUUGUAAAUUAUAUAUACAUUGCACUAUGUGCCAGAUUUUCAAUAUAUUUUAAGAGAAAGCAUUUUAAGAUGUUCAUUUUGAAAUUUGUAAGAUUUUUAAAAAAAUGUUUCAUUAUAUAAGAAUCAAAUACCAUCACUUGGUACCUGGAUUACUAUGCAAGAAACUUUAUAAAUAGAAAUAAAUAGUAUCUAUUGUAAACUUUUAUCAUAGAGAAAUGUAAUGUACAUGAAAUGUAUACAUGGUACAGUAUGUCUACUUCGGAAUUAAAAAUAAAUCAGAAAUCUUGAAUCUUUAUAAUUUUAGGUUCAAUGAGAUAUCUUCUAAUAUCUCGCAGUCAGGUAUCUUGAGCAAUUCAUAUUUCGGAAAUAUCCUAUCCUAAAAAAAGAAAAUGCUUAAAGAUGUCUCCUUGUCACUGACUUUUAUCAAUAUAUUGUAUUAAUAUUUAAUCGUAUUGUAUUAAUAUUUAGAAAAUUGAAAUACUUGAUGUUACUAAAUUUUUUAUAUAUUCAUUAUUAUAUAUACAUAUGUAUAUUGUACGAUAGCGAGCGCAGAAGAAAAGUUUUGCGGCCUAUAAAGAUCGAAGGAAAGUAACCGAUCAUGUUAUCCUACGAAAGUUCACUUACGCACACUGCACGUGUAAAGUGUAUGUAUAUGUAUACAUUUAUCAGCUGACUGUGUUUAUUCCUAUAUCUACUUCCAGAUUACGUAGGUGAGGUUAGGUAGGGUUAGGUAUUCGAAGCAACAGAUAGGUGGCUUGUUUGUACCACCUGUUGAUUGAGCACAGUUGCGCGAAUGUCAUGAUCACCAUAUGUGCACCAUAUGUAACCUAAUAUUUAGAUUAAUAUUUAUUUUGUUACCGCAUUUCUCCGCUGAGUGAGGAGAUCGUCGCACCUUCACACGCAGAGGUAUUAUCACGCAAUUGUAAAUGUAUAUAUACUCUGGAAUAUAUUAUACUAUUUUAUUG